AUGGCGGCCGCCCGGCUGCUGCUGGCGGCGCUGGGCGCGGCGCUGGGUCUCUUCGCCUCGGCGGGGAAGAUGAAGGUUGUGGAGGAGCCGAACACGUUCGGGUUGAAUAACCCAUUCUUGCCUCAGACAAAUAGGCUGCAGCCAAAGACGUCCCCGUCUGCAAUAUCAGGCCCUGCACAUCUCUUUAGGCUUGCUGGCAAGUGUUUCAGUUUUGUGGAAUCCACGUACAAGUAUGAGUUUUGUCCUUUCCAUAAUGUCACUCAGCAUGAGCAGACUUUUCGAUGGAAUGCCUAUAGUGGGAUUUUAGGAAUCUGGCAUGAAUGGGAAAUUGACAACAACACAUUUGUUGGAAUGUGGAUGAGGGAAGGAGACUCAUGUGAAACUAAGAGCAGACAGACAAAGGUUCAUCUUGUUUGUGGAAAGAGCAAUAAGUUGGCUUAUGUGUCUGAGCCGAGCACUUGUGUUUACUCUCUGACAUUUGAGACUCCUCUCGUGUGCCAUCCUCACUCUCUUUUAGUUUAUCCAACUCUGACUGAAGCACUACAAAGGAAGUGGGAUGAAGCAGAGCAGCUUCUGUAUGACGAACUAAUAACUGACCAGGGAUACAAAAAAAUACUGAAAGAGAUUUUUGAGGAAGCAGGACUUCUAAAAGCAACAGAAGAAAAGGAAGUUGAGAAACAGAGUAAGAAAAUAAGUCUGGAAUUUGAAACAGUGGAGAAGUGCAGUAAGGAAUACAAGCAACUUUCUAAAGAAAUAAAAAAACUUAAAGAUUUAUUAAGUCAGCACGGUAUUGCAUACAAAGGAAAUUUUGCUGGAAACACCAGUGUUGAACGUGGAAGUCACAAACUGGCAACUGCGGUGACAACUGUUUUUAAUGGAUCAAAGGAUGAUGAGCACCUGCGUGGCGAUACAGGAAUCUGGAAUGCCACUGUAUGAAGAAACUUGGGUGGUAAGCAGCAAGUUCAUACGGAAUGUCAGGCAAGUUGAACGUGUAUCGUGGCACUAAGAUGAUUUACCUUCUGCGAGUAUUCUUGACUUCGUGAAUUUCUGCCCUAAAGCAAAGGGAACAUAAUGGAGUGAGGGCUCGCCAUUACUGAGAACAGUUGGCUAGUUUCUGAGAACAUUUGUAAAACUUCUUUGUUAGGGCCAGUAUUUGGCAUAGGUUUACGGAUUCUGUGUCUCCAGUCCCAGCUUUGUUAUAUUCUUUGAUGGAGCGUGGUAACUGGUGGUGUAAAUACAAAAUAGUUCAAAACCAGUGCUGUAAGAUGUUGUAUGAAAGGUAGUAAGUACAGUAUUAAGAACAUGUUAUUUCAUCUGUAUGCUGAAAUGUUUUCU